AUGGCACAACUAGAAGGCAUGGUCACAGGGGGCCGCGAUGAAUUUCCAGCGGCAUUGAAGGGAAAGCGCAUUCUUCUGGCUACCGAGUCGCUCGGUCCCGUCAAUGGAGUAAGUCGCACAACGGGUAUGCUGAUCGAGUACCUCAGAGCCAACGGCGCCGAUUUGGCCGUCGUCGCUCCUCGCUACGAAACGAAAGGCCGAAGUCUUCAGAAGCCAGCAGCUCCCUCCCAUUCUCGCACAGGAUCCGAAGUGCGAUUGCGCGGUUAUCCCUUGCCGUAUAAUCCUGACUUGACCGUUGUCUAUCCCUUCCGGUUUGAUCGUCUCUGUCACCGCACGUUUCAACCGGAUAUCGUGUACCUAGCCAGCCCUGCCUCAGUGGGAUACCAAUUCUUAUGGCAGAUCCGCCAAUUGCAGAAACCGCCUGUGGUUGUGCUCAACUAUCAGACCGACCUUGCGGCAUAUUCUUCCAUUCUGCUUCCGGGUGCAAUGGGGCGCUUCGGCACGUGGUUGGUGAACCGGGUGCAAGGAUUUCUCUUCAACCAUCCUUCUGUCGAUACAAUUUUCUAUCCCUGCUCAGACGUUCGAUCCUAUCUUGAAGAGGCCGGCGCGCCUUCGAAUCGUCUAGUUCAACUCGGGCGAGGGGUAGAUACGGUUUUAUUUAAUCCAAAGCAUCGUGAUGAUGCGUAUCGCCGGCAGCUCGCUCCAAACGGCGAAAUCAUUCUGGCGUAUACGUGCCGCUUAGCUCCCGAGAAAGGCUUCGAGUUUCUGGCUGAUGCAGCCAUUCAAUUUGCAAAGGAGGGUCUUCACUAUAAGCUGCUGAUCGUGGGCGGAAACAGAAAUCCAGCUGUCGAAGCUGAUGUACGCAAGCUUUUUGAACCUGUUCGAGACCAUGUCAUCUUUACGGGUUUCCUGGGUGGCGAGAACCUUGCGCGAGCCUACGCGGCGGCUGAUGUCUUUUUACACUGCUCUAUUACCGAAACCUUUGGGUUGGUCGUACUGGAAUCGAUGGCAAGUGGGGUUCCAGUGGUUGCGCGCAACCAAGGAGGGCCGUCAGAUAUCGUUAAACACGGAAAGACCGGAUAUCUAGUCGCGCCUGACGAUCUCGAUGAAUUCGUCCGAUUGACCCUGCAACUUGCUCGAGACUCUGAGCUCCGUAAAAACCUUGCUAUCAAUACUCGAGCUUUUGCGGACGAAACUACGUGGGAGAAAAUCAACCGUCGGGUAGCCUGGCACCUUGUGGAAGGGUUAGAAAAUCACAACCGACGUUUAGAGUUGAAGAGGGCACAGCGUCCCAUCCGCAACUGGAUUAGCACUCAGUAUUCACAGUUCGAAACCGAUGUAUUGUGGCCUCUGAUUGAGCAGGUGCGAGUAAAUGCCGCCAUUGCUUUUGUGUUUUUCAUGUGGAUGAUUGCGGUGAUUCCGUUGAUUUUGCAUGGGAGUCGGAUGUUCAAUUUCCUACAGACUAUACCCCUUUUGUUUCAGCAGGCGCAGAGCAGUCGUUUAUUGCAGUGA